AUGUGGUCUUGCUUUCCCGUAAAAAAAAAGUUGGCUGCCCACAAGCAACAAACAAAUCAGUUGCAAAGAAAGAGAAAGAUAGGUAAUGCUUCCAAGGCCAGAGCAAGUGAGCCAAAACAGCGAAGGCUGGAUGAAACUCUCAUCUUGGAAAAUGCAUCUGUUCCAGAGAGAAAUCCUGCAGAUCAUGAUCAACAAGAAGAGGAAGCUUGCAACCUAUGUAUGAGUAGCUUCUUUUAUAUGUUGCACUUUCACACGUCUCUAUAGCCAUAUCCUUGCCUUUUCUCAGUAUCAUUAUGAAAGUUUAAUAAUCUGUACAGUUAACUAUUUAUUGUACAUUCUCAUGUCCCCGCCCCCCUAAAGGUCAUCAGGAAGAUGUAGAUGAAAAUGAAGAAGACAUUGAUGUUGAUGACUGGGUACAGUGUGGUAUUGAAACAUGUCAAAAAUGGUGCCACAUCUAUUGUGUAAAUAGUAUGUGGCCAGACAGAUAUGUUGUCAACGUUGAUGCAUAG